AUGACCCAGGGCUGCUUACCCAGGCCCAAAGCCCUUGCUUAUCCUAUCCCAGUCCCCCCUAGGGUCUUGGGUGCUGGGAAGGGGUCAGGUAGUCCAGUGGGUCCAUGCGUGUCCCCCUGGGUCCCUAGCCCAGCCCAGCUCCUGGACAGUGUCCUAGGGCUGGGGGCACUGGGAAUGACAAUUUGGGCAGUCUGCUCCACGGCUGGCCCAGCCUUGCUGCUGCUGCUGCUACUAGUCAGCUUCCUGGCCUUCGACCUGCUCCACAGGCCCACAGGUUCCACGCAGUCACAGCACACACUUCUCACAGGGGGCCAGAGUCACGGGGCCGGCGAGGGGCCAGGACAGCAGGAGGCUCUACUUCUGCCGACAGUGGCAGUCACGAGACGACUCAGCCUCCAGGAGGCUCUGCUAUUGCUGCUCCUGGGCGUGCGGCUGCUCCUGGGAGCCCAUGGCAUGCCCUUGGCCCUGCUUGGCCUGGCUUUCUGUCUUCAUCCUUGGGCCUGA